GCUGCGCGCGCGCUGUCUGAUCUCCGUUUGGAGUGCUGGCUGUUGAGCGCGCAAACCUUGUGCAGGCCCGCUGGGCAGUGCGGGCGGUGCCCGCGUCAGUGGUCGACUGUGACCUGUGCUUCAUUUCUCCGUCGUCACGGGAAAUAAAUCUCUCGAAGCCGACUGGUCCUCUCCUGGAAAGAGGGCAGAUAUUCAGGACCCCUUCACCUUCCUUCCAGUGGACAGCGAGCCUGGCAUCGUUGGCGUCCGUGGUUGCCCGUUCUUCCAGGUGCUUUGCCACACUGAAAAAUGGCUACCGGACAGGACCGAGUAGUUGUCCUAGUUGACAUGGACUGUUUUUUUGUUCAAGUGGAACAGCGGCAGAAUCCUCAUUUGAGGAAUAAACCUUGUGCGGUUGUCCAGUACAAGUCAUGGAAGGGUGGUGGAAUAGUUGCAGUGAGUUAUGAAGCUCGUGCAUUUGGGGUCACUAGAAGCAUGUGGGCAGAUGAUGCUAAGAAGUUAUGUCCUGAUCUUCUGUUGGCACAAGUUCGUGAGUCCCGUGGGAAAGCUGACCUCACCAAGUACCGGGAAGCCAGUGUGGAAGUGAUGGGGGUAAUGUCUCGUUUUGCUGUGAUUGAACGUGCCAGCAUUGAUGAGGCUUAUAUAGACCUGACAAGUGCUGUACAAGAAAGACUACAAAAGCUACAAGGGCAACCUAUCUCAGCUGACCUGUUGCCAACCACCUACAUUGAAGGGUUGCCCCAAGGCCCUACAACCGCAGAAGGGACUGAUCAGAAAGAGGAGACGCGAAAACAAGGCUUAUUUCAAUGGCUUGAUUCUCUUCAGAUUGAUAACCCCACCUCUCCAGACCUGCAGCUCACUGUUGGAGCAGUGAUUGUGGAGGAAAUGAGAGCAGCCAUAGAGAAGGAGACGGGCUUUCAGUGUUCAGCUGGAAUUUCACAUAAUAAGGUCCUGGCAAAACUGGCCUGUGGACUGAACAAGCCCAACCGCCAGACCCUGGUCUCACAUGGGUCAGUCCCGCAGCUCUUCAGCCAAAUGCCUAUUGGCAAAAUCCGUAGUCUUGGAGGAAAACUAGGUGCCUCUGUCAUUGAAAUCCUGGGGGUGGAAUACAUGGGUGAACUUACUCAGUUCACUGAAUCUCAGCUCCAGAGUCAUUUUGGGGAGAAGAAUGGAUCUUGGCUAUAUGCCAUGUGCCGUGGGAUUGAGCAUGAUCCAGUUAAACCCAGGAAACUACCUAAAACCAUUGGCUGCAGCAAGAACUUCCCAGGAAAGACGGCUCUGGCUACUCAGGAGCAGGUACAAUGGUGGCUUUUGCAAUUAGCCCAUGAACUAGAGGAGAGACUAAUCAAGGACCGAAAUGAUAAUGACAGGGUGGCCACCCAGUUGGCUGUGAUCAUUCGUGUACAGGGAGACAGACGUCUCAGCAGCACACGCCGCUGCUGUGCUCUUACCCGCUAUGAUGCUCACAAGAUGAGCCGUGAUGCGUUUGCUGUCAUCAGGAACUGUAACACUUCAGGAAUCAAAACUGACUGGUGAGUCGAAUUCUAGCUUGUCUUCUCAGAAGACACUUACUUGACUUGAUCUAAAAUUCGUGGGUAUACAGCUUUCCAGCAAGAGUACGUUCUUGGUAGUGACUCUAGCUAGGUCCUAGUAGGUCACAAAGAGGAAUGGCAGAGCACAAUAGAAACACCAAAAACAAGGCAGCUCAGCUACCGCUUCUUUGCCUACCUGUGGCGCAUUCCACUUCUCAGGGGUGGGUUUCAGAGGCAGAGUAAACCAAUAUUAUCCCCACCUUUGCUGCAGUCAGAGGGAAGGGCCAGUUGCAUGUGUGAGUAUGGAACUCAAGUUUCAAGAAUACAUUUGGCAACUUCUCUCUCAAUACUUGACUGUUCUAUCUUAGAACUUGAUAAGAUUAUCUUAAAACACUUGAAAAUGAAAGUGACCUGUAUUUAUUGAUAGUCUCAAUUUAACAUCCCAGCUCACUCACAAGCUCCACUGGUAUAAUACAGAAUGUCAUAUUAAAUUUCACUUCAUUUAGUAAUGAAAAAUAACCAAAUAUAUCAUUGGAAUGUGUUCAUUUAUUGUUCUGAUAUUAAUGAUUUUCAGUAUUGGAUUCCUCUGUUGAUUUAACAUUGCUUGUUACAUUGAAAAAAGUACUCCUAAUUCACAAUGGAAAUAUAAUUAUGUGAGAAACAUAAAUUGGUUGCUUACUUACAGGUCUGUAUUGAAGAUGAUAAAAGUUUAACCUGAAACUAAUGCAACUCAACAAUAAAUAAAUAAACAGACAACGAAAGUUUCAUUGAACACCUACGUUAAUUGCUUAUCUAUCUAUGUGGGUACUACUAUUGUAUGUGCAGACCUAUAAUUUGAUGGGGUCGCUAAAGCUGGAAUCUUUGUUCUUGGUGUAGAAUAAUUUGUUUAGCUUCUACUUCCUGGUACAUGUGUUUAUUUUCAAAUACUGAAACAGUUUCACUGAACUAAAUGAUAAAUUUAUCAUUUAUAAAUUUGUGUUCAUAUGAAACAGACUCUAACAAAUACUUACCAGGAGUGUGAAACCUAUUGAAAGGGAAGCAUCAAAUGAUCUGAUUCUAAGACUGUUCAAAAGCAAGAAACCAGAGAACAGUGAGAUACCGUCCUAACAGUUUUAAAAAGGCAUUUACUCUUUACCGCAUUAUGGUACUAAUCUGUAUAUAAAAGCAAGUUUUACCUUCUGAAAUACAACUUAUGUGAAAAUUAUUUUAAUAAUUGACAUAAUAAGUAACUCUGGCAUGAAUUUCUUGAAAUGUUUCUGAGACUAGGAUAGGUAAUUCCAGUUGUGGGAUUUCAUUCUCUAGAAAUUCAAGUUGAAAGUUUGUCAGAAUGAGGGUUAGGUGGUACCCUUUAUAGAAACAGAAUGGGUAACAGGAUUUUUUUCAAGAGACUUACAGUCUAAAUAUUCUAAAGUUUUUUUGUUGCCCUGAAUAAAAUUUCUUGCCUCGAUCCUGAAUUACAACUGCUAUUAUGUAUCUUCUGAUAUAUCUUAUGAAUACCUAGCUGCCAGGGGAUCCAUUUUGUAUGUCUGACCUGGUUAGGUGUUCACCAGGUCAGUCGCUCCCAAGGUGUGAUCCUGAGCCAGCAACACCAGCAUCACCUAGGAACUUGUUAGGAAGGCAUAUUCUCUGCCUAGUCCAGGUCUACUGAAUCUGUAUUAAUCUGAUGCCCUAAAAUUUAAGAACACUGCAGUAAUAGUUUCCUCCUGUGGCACAAUCAUAAUCCCAGUCAUUUACAAACUGUAUCUGUGACCUGGUGCUAAUCUUCUUCCUUUACUUUCUAUACAGGUCCCCUCCCCUCACAAUGGUCUUCCUCUGUGCUACCAAAUUCUCCACCUCUGCCCCUUCAUCUUGCACAGACAUCACCACCUUCUUGAGCAAUGACCCAGGU